AACGUAAGCGCAUGAGGGCAGGCAUCGUCCUCACCAGACUCGUCCAGAGGACCCCAAACCCCAGCCAUUCACGCAUCAGGGACAGAGGUUCCGAACUGAGCAUGCGCAGAGGACCGGGCGCUACGGGUCUCGGGUCGGCGAAGGCCGCGCCCCCUCGCGGCCGGGUUGGCUGCCGGACCCAAGUAGUCGCAGCCGGUGCUUCCGCCCGGACGCCGUGCCGCACGACUAGGGAAACCUAAGCGCCCGCGUUUGCCCGCUGCGCUCCGGGAUGGCCCCCAAACUCCCCGACUCUGUGGAGGGGCUCCGCGCCGCCGGCAACCAGAGCUUCCGCAACGGCCAGUACGCCGAGGCCUCGGCGCUCUACUGCCGCGCGCUGCGGCUGCUGCAGGUGCGAGGUUCUUCAGACCCUGAAGAAGAAAGUGUUCUCUACUCCAACCGAGCAGCAUGCCACUUAAAGGAUGGAAACUGCACAGACUGCAUCAAAGACUGCACUUCAGCACUGGCCUUGGUUCCCUUCAGCAUGAAGCCUCUACUGCGGCGAGCAUCUGCCUAUGAGGCCCUAGAGAAGUAUCCUCUGGCCUAUGUCGACUACAAGACUGUACUGCAAAUUGAUAACAGUGUGGCAUCAGCCCUGGAAGGCAUCAACAGAAUGACCAGAGCUCUCAUGGACUCACUUGGGCCUGAGUGGCGCCUGAAGCUGCCCUCUAUCCCUGUGGUGCCUGUCUCAGCCCAGAAGAGGUGGAAAUCCUUGCCUUCAGGAAACAACAAAGAUUCAACCAAAAGCAAAUCCAAAGAAACCACAACUACAAAGAACAAAGUGCCUUCUGCUGGGGAUGUGGAGAGAGCCAGAGUUCUGAAGGAAGAAGGCAAUGAGCUUGUAAAGAAGGGCAACCAUAAGAAAGCUAUUGAGAAGUACAGUGAAAGCCUCUUGUUUAGUAACCUGGAAUCUACCACAUACAGCAACAGAGCACUCUGUCAUCUGGCCCUGAAUCAGGACAAGGAGGCAGUGAAGGACUGCACAGAAGCCCUCAAGCUGGAUGGCAAGAACGUGAAGGCGUUGUACAGACGGGCUCAAGCCUACAAGGCCCUCAAGGACUAUAAAUCCAGCCUUGCAGACAUCAGCAGCCUCCUACAAAUCGAGCCCAGGAAUGGCCCUGCACAGAAGUUACGGCAGGAGGUUAACCAGAAACUGAAAUAAAACCUUAAAGGGCAGCAGGAACCUCUCUCUGACCUUCCCAGAGAAGCCAGGGGCCUCCUCCCUUGCAUCCACCCCUGAACCCAGCAUGCCCCACAGGGAACACUGAGAUGCCCCCCUCAGCCCCUCUGGACAGCAGUGGCCUCCACCUUUGAAAGGCUUUGCUUGUUCAAGUUAAGCCAGCUUAGUCAAGCAGACAUUGUUUUACCAAAAAGGCCCUUGUGUGAAGCUGGAGCCCUGUUCCCACCCUCCUGCCUCACAUAGCUAGCAUAUCAGACAAGCAGGUCCUCAACAGUAAAGCACUUGGCUUUGUCCCUGCCCCAAGUGUGCUGCAGACUGAGUGCUGGCCUUUGUAGCUGCAUCAGACCCCACCUCUCUGCAGUCAGCUGAACUGAGCUCAGAUAAGCUAAAAUCCCUGGCCACCUACACCCGAAGUGGCCUGUCGAGCUGGUUCUCCAGGGCUGCAAUCUCCCCAAGGGUGCAGCUGCUGUCCCCACCCUGUCCUGGACACAGUUUUCUGUGUCAGCCCUAGUGCCUUUUUUCCAGGCCGCCCUCUGGUGAGAAGGCAGAGCUCUGAUCCUUGGAUGGCUCUGUCCUUGACUCUGUGCUGCUGCCCUCUGCAUGGAGGUACCUAAGCUAUUUCAAGAGCCCAGUGGUUAUGGCCACACCUCCUGGGAUGGGGAGAGGGGCCUCCCUGAGGUCAGUGUGCUUCCAUUCUGGGCAAUUUGUCCCCCCCUCAUCCUCCCACAGUGGUGGCCCCUCCAGCUUCUUAGUUCUUUGUAAUAUGUUGAAGUUAAUUUGAACUGACUGAUUUUGUUGAACUGUGUUAAAACUAUUGCAUUAAAGGCUUUCUUCUAU